UAAGCUAGCCUUCUGGGUCUUAAAAAGAGGCUGCUGACCAAGAUAUCAGGUAGCCAAAGAUUAUUUAGGACAAGGAAGAGCAAACAGGCAUCAUGAAGCUGAAGCAGACAGCGUCCAAGCUGUUUUGAUGUUUGAUGUUUGUCCCUGCACUGCACUGCUUGGAGGAAGGUCUUGGCGAAGACUCAGACAGCAGGCAGCUCCACAGGUGGUUGGGGCCUUGACCGUGAGGAUUCAUGAAUCACAGGACAUGAACUUGAUUGACAUCCUUUGGAGGCAAGAUAUAGACCUUGGGGCAAGGCGUGAAGUUUUUGAUUUUAGUCAACGACAGAAGGAGUAUGAACUCGAGAAACAGAAGAAACUUGAAAAGGAAAGACAAGAGCAGCUCCAGAAAGAGCGGGAGAAAGCCUUGCUGGCUCAGCUGGUGUUAGACGAGGAGACAGGUGAAUUUGUUCCAGCUCAGCCAGCUCAGCACAUUCAGUCAGAAAACACUGAACCACCGAUCAGUUUUUCACAGAGCACAGAUACUUCAAAACCAGAAGAGGCCUUGUCCUUUGAUGACUGCAUGCAGCUCUUGGCAGAAGCAUUCCCAUUCAUAGACGACAAUGAGGCUUCUCCAGCUGCAUUUCAAUCACUGGUUCCUGAUCAGAUUGAUAGUGACCCAGUCUUCAUUUCUUCUAAUCAAACUCAGCCACCCAACUCACCUGGUAUAGUUCCACUUACUGAUGCAGAGAAUAUGCAGAACAUAGAGCAAGUUUGGGAAGAGUUAUUGUCCCUUCCAGAGUUACAGUGUCUAAACAUUGAAAAUGACAACCUGUCUGAAGUAAGCACAAUCACAAGCCCUGAAACCAAGCCAGCGGAGAUGCACAACAGCUAUAAUUACUACAAUUCAUUACCCAUCGUGAAAAAAGAUGUUAACUGUGGUCCAGAUUUCCUGGAGAAUAUCGAGGGCCCUUUCUCCAGCAUUUUGCAGCCAGAAAACAGCAGCCAGCUGAACGUGAACUCUUUAAAUAACACACUGACUUCGAGCUCUGAUUUCUGUGAGGAUUUCUAUACCAGUUUUAUUUGUGCAAAGGGGGACAGUGACACAGUAACAACAAACGCUAUCAGUCAGUCACUUGCAGAUAUUUUAAGUGAACCUAUUGAUCUUUCUGAUUUCCCACUGUGGAGAGCUUUUAACGAUGACCACUCAGGAACUGUGCCAGAGUGUAAUGAUUCUGACUCUGGUAUUUCACUGAAUGCAAAUUCUAGUGUAGCAUCACCCGAACACUCUGUUGAAUCAUCUACCUGUGGAGAUAAGACUUCUGGUUGUAGCGAUUCUGAAAUGGAAGACGUGGACAGUUCUCCUGGAAGUGUGCCACAGAGCAAUGCUAGCAUGUACUCACUGCAGUUCCCUGAUCAAAUGCUUCCUUCUGUGGAGCCAGGCACUCAAAAAGGCAGCUUGCAACAUAUGGACACACCAAAGAAAGACCCUCCUGCUGCCCCAGGCCACCCCAAAGCUCCGUUCACAAAAGAUAAACCUUCGGGCCGUCUUGAAGCUCAUCUCACAAGAGAUGAGCAAAGAGCAAAAGCUCUGCAGAUCCCUUUUCCGGUAGAAAAAAUCAUCAAUCUCCCUGUUGAUGACUUCAAUGAAAUGAUGUCUAAGGAGCAGUUCAGCGAAGCCCAGCUUGCACUUAUUCGAGAUAUACGCAGGAGAGGCAAGAAUAAAGUGGCCGCUCAGAACUGCCGUAAGAGAAAACUGGAAAACAUAGUGGAACUGGAGCACGAUUUGAGUCACCUGAAAGAUGAGAGAGAGAAAUUGCUUAAAGAAAAAGGAGAGAAUGACAAAAGCCUUCGUCAAAUGAAAAAGCAAUUAACCACCUUAUAUGUUGAGGUCUUCAGCAUGCUACGUGAUGAAGAUGGAAAGUCUUACUCUCCUAGUGAAUACUCACUGCAGCAAACUAGAGAUGGCAAUAUCUUCCUUGUUCCUAAAAGCAGAAAGGCAGAGACUAAACUUUGAAGAGCAGCAUGGCUGGCUGGUGUUCCCCGAGUUACUAUUUUUGUAUCGUUAAUAGCUUUUACUGUGAGGUGGAAUGCAGAAUUAGGUAAUAUUUUUCAAGUAAUUCUAUGCAAUGAUGAUUUGAAAAUUAAUAUUUAAGUUUAUGAAAGGUGCAAGUUCAAAACUAAUUGUGUAAUGCAGAUGUAUGUAUGCAAAAUUUGUAAUCUCACUUUUAUAACAGGCAUUUCCUUCUUUUAGCACCAUUUUAACUAGUUUCCAUACAUGUAAAUAUUUAAAGAUACCGUAUUUAUAUACUGUUCUUAUCUCCUGUUAUAUUCAUAGAUUUGAUAGAGAAGAAUAAUUCUAGCCUCCUAAAUCUAAUUUCUUGCAAGAUAAACAGUAUGGCUUCUUACUUUUUUUGUAAAAGAAAAAAAUGCAAUAGCGUUUGUUUCCAAUUUUUAUAAAUGCUUUAUAUUUAAUGUAUGGUUUUAAUUUAGUGUCGAGCUGAUACUCAUUGUUUGAUUUUGAUUCAUCUUACCAUUUCAUUAAACUUUUUAUUGUUGUUGUUGUUAUUAUUUUUCAUGCCGUAGGCAUUUAUUUCCCUACAGUAGGUUAAGUGCCGAUUCAGAUAUCCUCACUGGUUUUCCAAGAUAAGUCUUCAUGCAACAAAUACGCUUAACGAGCAGAGAUGUAUUGCACAGCACUGUCAGCAUUAUUCAUGUUCCCCGUAACUUUAACUACCAUGUGGAAGGAUUGUGUAACAAAUUUGUUUCAAGCCUAUGCUAAGUUUAUAUAAUUUGUUUUGCUCUCAGAACACUAUUUAUAAGCUCAUGAUGAGAUCUCCUCCAAAGGCAUUAGAAUCUGUUAAUUAAAAAGUGUCAGCAUUAUGUAUUUUUCCAACUAAUAAAUUCUGUAUACCUUUCAGUAAUUUUUCUAGAAAUUCAUUAUGCUAGAAUUUUCUAGAAAUUCAUUAUCUCUGACUGAUCAGCAGGCAUCAUUUGUCGCUGCUGUGCUGUUUGAAGUCGUGGAAAAAGAUAUCCCAAGGGCUGAGCAAUGCACUCUUUGGAACCUGUGCUCAGUUUGUUGAAAAAAUGUUGUGAUGUUUGAAGUUAUGAGUUACAAGAGAUGAAAAAUGGGGCAAAUAAACCACAGUGUUUCACUUA